GACGUCCUGGGCCCGGAGCACCCGGACACCCUCGCGGCCGCCGACGAGCUCGCCAAGGUGCUCGUGGCUCUCGGCCAGACCGGGGAGGCGGCGGCGCUGGCGACAUACGCCUUCAAGGGCAGGGAGGUGGCGCUCGGCGAGGCCCACCCCGACACGCUGGCCUCGGCCGACCUGCUCGCCGACCUCCUGCGGGCGCGAGGGGACACCGCGCAGGCCGUGCAGCUGCUGAGGCGGACGCUUCUGGCGAGGGAAGAGGCGCUUGGCCUGGACGACGUCGAAACCCUUGGCUCGGCCCACAGCCUCGGCGUGCUGCUCGGAGCCUGCGGGCAGGAGCCGGGCGCCGAGCGGCUGCUCCGGCGCGCCUGCGCUGGGCGCGACGCCGCGCUGGGCGCGGAGCACCCGGACGCGGUGGCCUCCAGGCGGGAGCUGGCUUCGCUGCUGCUCCGCGCGGGGAAGGUGGACGAGUCCCUGGCAUGCCUCCAGUCCGCCUUCGAGCACCUGGUGGACGCCAGGGGGCCCGACGAGGCAGAGGCGCUCGCCGCAGCCGACGCGCUGGCCGAGGCGCUGAGCGCCGGCGAGCGGCACGCGGAGGCCGAGCGCCUGCUGCGAGGGACCCUGGAGCGCAGGGAGGCCGCGCUCGGGCCCGACCACGCGGAGACGCUGGCGACGGUGGACCAGCUGGCGCUGCAGUUGCGGGCGCAGGGCAAGUGCGACGAGGCGGAGCGGCUCUUGAGGCGUGCGCUGGCUGGCCGCGAGACGGCGCUGGGCGCGGAGCACGUGGCGUCGCUGGAAGCCGCCGGCCGCCUGGCGCUGCACCUCGGGGCGCAGGGGCGGCACGCGGAGGCCCUGGCGUUGCGCCAGCGGGCUUUCGAGGGCGCGGAGGCCGCGCUGGGCCCCGAGCACCCCCUGAGCCUCAGCUGCCUCCACGACCUGGCGCAGCUGCUGCGGGCCGCAGGCAGGCCCGACGAUGCAGAGCCGCUGUGCCAGAGCCUGCUUCUCCGCAAGGAGGGUGCCCUCGGGCGCGAGCACCCAGACACGGUCGCGUGCCGCCUGGACCUGGCGCAGCUCCUCGAGUGCAGGGGCAAGUACCAAGACGCGGAGAAGCUCUACAGAGCCACGCUGGGCAGCAUCGGGCGCAGCCGCGGGCCCAAGCACCCGGACACGCUGCCCGUGCUGGACAGUCUGGCCCGGGUCCUGCAGACCGCGCGGCGGCCCCGCGACGCCGAGCGGUGGUGCCGAGAGGCCUUGGAGAUCCGCCGCCUGUCGAUGGAGCCCGGCUGCCGCGAGACGCUGGCCACCGUCAGCACCUUGGCCUCGCUCUUGCACCAGCAGGGGCACGACCAGGACGCGGAGCCACUGCACCGCCAGGCCGCAGAGGGUCGCAUGGACGCCCUGGGGCCGGAGCACCCAGACACGCUGGCCUCUCAGGAGGAUCUAGCGCUUCUUCUGCGGGACAUGGGCCGCCACAGCGAGGCAGAGCCCUUGUUGCGGCGCGUGCUGGAGGUCAGGGAGGCGUCGCUGGGAGCGGGGCACCCAGACUCGCUGGCCACCGCGAUGAAGAUGGGGGAGCUGCUGUGCAGGUCGAGGCGGCACGAGGAGGCCGAAACGCUGUACCGCCGGGCGCUCGACGGCUGCCACGAGGCGCUGGGGCCGAUGCACCCGGACACCCUAGGCUGCGCCGACGGCCUGGCGCGCGCGCUGGAGGCGGCGGGCCGCCCGCGGGAGGCGGAGCCGUUCUCGAGGCAGGCCGCCGACGGGCGGCAGCUCCUCCUGGGCGUGGACCACCCGGACACCCUGGCGUGCCUGCACGCCCUUGCCGCGCUGCUGGCCCGGCUCGGCCGCCCCGCGGAGGCCGAGCCGCAGGCCCGCCAGGCGAUGCGGGGCCGCGAGGACAUUCUUGGACCUGACCAUCCAGACACUCUCGCGGCAGUGAGCAAUUUAGCUACGGUGCUGAAGGCGCUGGGAAAACAUGAGGAGGCGCACUCCCUGUACCGGCGAGCCCUGGAGGGCAGCGAGAGGGCGCUCGGGCCCGCACACCCGCACACGCGGGCGUGCCUGGGCGCCACGGCCUCGCUGCUGGCGGCGAUGGGCAGGCACGAGGACUGGACAGGGGGGGGGGCGUCCUGA